UUUUUUCAAAAUGAACUAAAGUUAAAGUUAUGGCAGCAGAGCAGGGUCAAUUACGAUCAAGAAGGAGUGUUGUUAGGCCUACGGAAUAUUUACACUCUGAAUUUAAUGAUGCAUUGAUUAGUGAAAAUGAGCAAAAGAAGGUUCCCUAUUAUCUCUUGUCUGGUCAGCUCGGUUUCUUUCAUUGGUUAUUUGUAUUUGCUAUGUUGGCUUCAUUAUAUGGACUUGUUGUUUUACUUGAUCUAAAAAUGCCAGAUGUCAAACCAGCAAAUCAAUAUGAACAUUUUUCUGAAAUGCGUGCCCGUCAAUUUUUAACUCAAAUAGCAAAUCUUGGGCCAAGACCGAGUGGUUCUGAAGCAUUGGAGAAAAUUAAUUCUUUGAAGGACGUUGUUAACUGGAAUGAUGUUAAUAGAAUUGAAAUGGAUAUUCAAAGGCCAACUGGUUGUUAUGACCUCAAAUUUUUGUCUGUAUUUACUCUUUGUUAUCAUAAAGUUACAAAUAUUGUUGCUAGAAUCGGUCCAAAGAAAGGACCCACAGAUUUUUCGAUUUUAAUUAAUUGUCAUUUUGACACCUUACCUGACACUCCCGGUGCAACAGAUAACGCCGUUUCUUGUGCUAUUAUGAUGGAAAUUCUGGAAGUUUUUGCGCACUUAAAUGAGCCUUUAGAACAUGACAUUCUUUUUCUUUUUAAUGGAGCCGAAGAGAAUUUCCUUCAGGCUUCUCACGGUUUUAUUGUCAAUCACCCUUGGCGACAUUCCUUGAGAGCUUUUAUUAAUUUAGAAGGAUGUGGUUCUGGUGGAAGAGAAUUACUUUUUCAGACUGGUCCGGGAGAGUCAUGGCUAAUCAAAACAUAUUUGGAUAAUGCCCCACAUCCGCAUUGCAAUGUUCUUGGACAAGAAAUUUUUCAGUUGGGGAUAAUUCCGUCUGACACUGACUUUCGAAUUUUUCGUGAUUAUGGAAAGAUUUCUGGUUUUGACAUUGCCUAUAUUCGAAAUGGUUGGGUUUAUCACACAGAAUUUGAUCGUCCAGAAUUGAUUGAUAUUGGUGCAAUUCAACGCUCUGGGGAUAAUAUUUUGGCUUUGAGUCGAGCAUUAAUUCGUUCUCCUUAUUUAAAACAACCAGCAAAUUUUAAUGAGGGAACAAAAUGGGUUUUCUUGGAUGUUGUUGGCUUGUUUACAAUUUUUUAUGAAAUGAAAUUAGCUCUUAUCUUCAACUAUACUGUGUUGGUGUUAGUCUUAUUUCGAAUUUAUUUACAUCUUUUCCGUAACGGUGAUUAUUCUAUUAAUGUUUUGUUGCGUGCUUCUAUGAAUCAAUUUAUGGCUUUUGGAGCUAUGUUAUUUAUUGGGAUUUGUUUAGUUUUAAUUAUUAGUCUAUUAAAUAUGACAAUGAGUUGGUAUUCAAUGCCUGAAUUAGUAUUCCCUUUAUAUAUUGUGCCAAUGAUGACUGCAGCUUUCUUUGCACAUGCUCGUUCAGCUGGGAAAAUGGAAUUGGAUAUGGCCAUGAAAUUCGAAAAAGCACAUUUUGAUUCUACAAUAAUUUUUUGGUCUUUAGUUCUUUUUAUACUUACUUGGAUUCAUUCAGCCAGUUCUUAUUUAUUUAUGUUUCAUGUUUUAUUCCCACUCAUUCGUGAUCCGUUAUUGUCAAUUUCUAAAAUUUUUGGAUUUAUUAAAGUUAUAACACCAAAAUCACUUUUUUGGGCUCAAUCAAUUUGUCUAACUCCUUUAAUUAUUUUAAUUAGUACAUAUACACAAUUACUUUUUGACUUUUUUGUCCCAGUAAUGGGCCGUUUUGGAAAUACAAUUAAUCCAGAAAUUUUUAUAAUGUCUUUUUCUUUGUUGGUUUCGCUUACUUUUGUGCUUUUUACGAAUAAUUUAAUUUAUGUAAGUCGCCGACUUGGUUUUAUGGUAAAAUGUAUGAUUGCUGUUUCUCUCUUUUGUUUUUUAAUUAUUUCAACAACAAAUGUUGGUGUUCCUUAUAAAUAUUCAAAAGAAUCUCCGCGUCUUCGACGUGUUAUUGCUUUGCACGCAAAGAAAAGUGUUUUUAAAUUUGAUGGAAAUUUACUUAAUUCUGAAACUGGUUUAUUUGUACAAGCAUUGGAUUAUAGAGGGGCUGAUGAUUUACCUGAACAUACUUUUUUACAAGGUGUUGGAAAACCUGACUGUUCAAAUACAACUGAUGAAUAUUGUCAAAUGCCCUAUUAUACUGCAAUUCAUCAACUUUUUCCUCCCGAUCGUUCUCGAUGGGUGCCACUACCAACAGAACCUCCAAUAGCUCGACCUUUAAAAGUGAAAUUGUUGGAACGAAAAUUUCUUUCAAAUAAUAUGCUUAAUUUAACAAUUGCUAUUUUUGGAGGGGCAGACAAAGCAUCUUUACAUAUAACUCCACUUGAUGGUUUUCAAAUGAGAAAUUGGUCGUUAACAGCAUUUAAUCCAAAAACAUAUAGUAAUCGACCACACGCAACUUAUUUUGUAUUUAUGACAUACGGAUAUGAGGCACCAAAAGAGAGAAUCAUUUGGAUUUUACUUGAAAAAAACGAAGGAAAGAAAUUAACUUUGACAGAUGUUGGAAAAGAACCAGCGCUUGAAUUAGCUGUAGCAACACAUUAUGUACAUGGAGCCAAUCAAAAUUCGGAUACUCUUCAUCAGCUACGCUCUUUAAUUGCCAACCGAAGAGAGAAGCCACAUGCUGGAGUUGGCUUUUGGCGCUGGGGAAUUACACUAACUGCUGGCGUUUCUGAAAUUGUUGUUCAUUCCUUUUAA